CACAUUGAUGUCAGUUUUAGCGAGUUGUGGUGUAUAGUCUUCGGCGUGUGACCAGUCUGUUGUGAUACAGUGUUAGUCCUGGUGUGUUAUCUUGAUGCUAAGUACACAUGCACCUGAUUAAGAUGCUAGCUACACAUGUGCUACGCCAACUUAUUGGGCUCAUUAGUAAAAGGAAACAAUCAGUAGCAAACAACUAAGUAAAACAAAAUGAUGACGAAUUUAAUCACAGUUAAAGUACUUUUACUUUGGUUUGGCUUCACACGUUUUAUUACAGCAUCGCCAAUAUCAUUUGCCGCCACACCAUCUUCGGUAAGAAAAGUGAUUGAUCCACUGAUUCUAAACUGUACUUUUCAGAAUACAAACACGCAGCUCAACACAAGUGACCAUAUGCCUGCUGAGAUUGUUGACUUUUACAUGUACAUCUCCAAAGGAGAUGGUACUUUAUUGGCGUCGGUAGCUAGAAAUUUGCCUGCCGAAGCUAUACAUGACCCACAUUUCAUGCUAGUUGAAGGUCAAAUGAACUACGAUAACAUAUCUUAUCUGCAGAUCACUUGGCCUAGCACAUUGUUCGAUAAACCUAUCGAUAACAGCUACUUUUGUUCCGUUCAUGUUUUGAUCCGAUCUGGUUACGAGUUGACGUUUCAAACGAAUGUCACCGUGUCAUUCUUAACACCAAGCUAUGAAGAUCUAAUUGUUUACUUAUAUCGUCAAAGAAGAGAGUUGGAACACAAGUCAAGGUCCAUCAAUGAUCUAAAGAAAACUCUUAGCAAUACAUCCCAUGAUCUAGCUAGCCUGAAACAGGGUGUGAUGAAUUGCACUAGUAGAUUACAUCAACUUUCACUAGAGCUUUCUAGUACCACUGCCGCUACUGGCACAUUGAAUCAAGACGUGGCGAUGAUCAACCAGACGAUGUAUAGAGUUAUCUUUGAAGCCAAUGGGACUGCGACAUACUUGCAUAGUCUCCAGUCAGACGUGAAAGAGUUAAAGCUGUUCCACAAUGAGCUGACUACGCAUGUCGAGCAAGGGGUUCGGGUUUAUUGUGGAGGCUCAAACACGUUCGUCUCAAGUGGUUAUGAAAGGGAAAUGCAUUUAGUUGUGCCGAUAGUGUUCCAGAAGCCAUUUCCUAAAGUCCCUGUUGUCACGUUCAGUUUACGUAUCCUAGAUGUCCCAAAAGACGAACACCUCCGGGUGUUCGCGUAUACCCAAAAUAUAAACAGCACUGGAUUUGAAAUGGUGUGUGGCACUUGGGAUGGGUCGUUUAUUAACGCUAUGGACGUAGACUGGACGGCUACGGUGGUUUGAAAAGGACAAUACAGAGGCGUAGUGAGCGAAACGUGCGCCCGGGGUAAGAAACUUUGUUGGCGCACCCCCCUCUCCCAUUUUCCAUGAACACCACAUAGAAAUAUAGUUUUAUUACUAAAAACUAUUCAAUAAUAAUAUAUCACAUAGGCCCUAUAACCUUAGAAAGUAUUACCUAACUAAAAUAUUUACAUAUUAAUUUUUUCGCCUCUCUGCGUGUGGCGGCCCCCUGAGGGUGGCGCCCGGGGCAUAGUUCCCCCUUCUCCCCCCCCCCUCUGGCUAGGUACAAAAUAAAAUUACUAGAUAAAGCAUUGUAAAAUUUAUUAACGCUUACAACAAAUUAAGUAGGUCACAGAUGGGUCUACGUAUCCACGGGAAAUACUGCAUUCCUCAAUAAUCUUCGUACUCGAAGACAAGCCUUAUUAUUAUUAUUACUAUUAUUAUUAUUAUUGUUGUGAACGGAUACAUUGUCACUACUAAUACAAAGUGCUCUUAACAGAACAUAUAUGUUUGUUUCCAACAGUAUAAUAAAUUACCCGAAUUCAUGUUGUGUUAAA